AGUGCCGUCGCGGGGCUGUCGCUGCUCCUCUCCUCUCCUGGCCCUGGCGCUAGAGAGAGAGAGAGAUGGGGUCUGUGUUGGUCUUGCGGUUCCUGCUUGUGGCGCGGAUGAUGGGGGUGGUAGUCCCGGUCUUCCCUCCAGAGGCGGAGAGCGCAGAGAAGCCCUCAGAGCAUUUCUUGUACCAGUCGAAGUUCGACUGCCUCUACCUGAAUGGGACGGAGCGGAUACGCUACAUCUUUCGGGACAUUUACGACCGGCAGGAGUUCGUCCGCUUCGACAGCGACCGCGGGGAGUUCGAGGCCGUCACGCCGCUCGGGGAGCCCAUAGCCCGGGACUGGAACACCCGGAAGGACCUCCUGGAGGACAGGAGGGCGGACGUGGAGGGCUUCUGCCGGCACAACUACGCGAUCUUCGAGCCCUUCGCCCGCUCCCGUCAGGUUCAGCCCAAGGUGAAAAUCGCCCCCUCCAGCUAUGAUUCCUCCUCUCACCACACUUUGCUGAUUUGCAACGUGGCCGGAUUCUGGCCCUCCCAAAUUGAAAUCACUUGGUUCCGAAACGGGAAGGAGGAAGACGAGGCCCGAGUGUUCACCACGGACCUGAUCCGGAACGGGGACUGGACCUUCCAGAUGGCGGUGAUGCUGGAGGCCCAGCCGGAGCGGGGAGACGUCUACGCCUGCCAGGUGCAGCACGCCAGCUUCCCGGAGCCCGUCACCGUCCAGUGGGGUAAGACAUGA